UCUUGUUUCUUCUUCUUCACAGGAUGUCAGGAAACGGGUCGGUGCUGGCUCCUCCCAGCGUCUCUGAAGCUCCGCCUCCUGUCAACAUGUCACACAGUCCGUUCACAAACCUGGACCCUCCCACUUUCACCAGAGCUGCUCAGGUCCGAGUGGGCGCCACCCUGGUCCUCUUCCUGUUUGCAGCCUGCAGUAACCUGGCCCUGUUGUCCAGCGUGUGGUGUGGGCGUGGCCGACGGCUGUCGUCUCACCUGCGCCCGCUCAUGCUGAGCCUGGUGUCAGCGGACCUGCUGAUGACCUUCGUGGUGAUGCCUCUGGACGCAGUGUGGAACGUGACGGUGCAGUGGUACGGUGGCGAUGCGCUCUGCAAGCUGCUCUGCUUCCUGAAGCUGUUCGCCAUGCACGCGUCCGCCUUCAUCCUGGUGGUCAUCAGCCUGGACCGCCAGCACGCCAUCCUGCACCCUCUGGAUGCUCUGAGCGCGCACCACAGGAACCGCUGCAUGCUCCUGCUGGCCUGGACCAUGAGCCUGCUGCUGGCUGCCCCACAGAGCAGGUGAGUCCCACCUGCGGCGCAGUGGCACUGACAUCAUACCGAAGGCUCGGAUGAAGACUCUAAAGAUGACGGUGGUCAUUGUUGUGUCAUUCGUUGUGUGCUGGACUCCGUACUACCUGUUGGGUAUCUGGUACUGGUUCCAGCCUGACAUGCUGAGCGUCACACCUGAGUACAUUCACCACGCCCUCUUCGUGUUCGGGAACCUGAACACCUGCUGUGAUCCCAUCAUCUACGGCUUCUACACGCCGUCCUUCAGGGCUGACCUGGCAGCCUGCUGCCACCGGUCCAGGAGCCACACUUCCCCCCACUCUCUGGACCGCCUGUCCGGCAGACAGGGUCCACACAGCGGGGAGCAGGAGGUGCAUCCUGCUGUUAACACCCAGGCUGCCACUGACUGACCAAUGAAGACUGUUUCCUUCUGACACUGAGGCUGUCGGUCAUUCCUCUGUGCUUCAGCAGACACAGUCAUGAAGGUGUUUAUCUGGGUCCUUAUUUUACAAACGUACAUUAGCCCAGGUUUUGCUCACAUCUGAUCUACAUGGAGGUAAAUAAGUUCAAAUCUGUUUACUUGUGGAAUGAAACGUUUUCCUGUUUCUCCUGUUGAAUGUCCAACAGAUCACCUGACGUCAGUGUUCAGGUGAGCAGGGCUUCAGAAGCAGAGCAUGAACAUCAACAUUUAUUGGAGAAAAGCUUUUCUCCUGUUUUAAAUUAUGUUUUCAGUGAUCAGCUGAAGCUCAGAGGAUGUGUGAGGAGUGACUUACAGCUACUACCACCCAAACUGUCAUUACAUCACUGACUCAGAGACAUGUCUGAGUUUGGAAAGUUGCUCUUCUGUGGCGACCAUCUUGAACUGGGUUAAAGUUUAUCAGUAAAAGAUGCACAUCCACCAUCUCUCCAUCAACUUGUUCAUGAGAUAUUUUACACACACACACACACACACACACACACACACACACACACA